UUAUUGUUGGUUUUCGGCGAGUGUAAAGAAUGUAACGAAAUUCCUCACAAAAUGAACCUUUCCAACGUCGUUCUGGAAACACCAUUAAUCAUGGAGAAAUCGGCCUUUACGUCGACGGCAAUUUUAUACUUACAACGGCAGGACAGCCACGGCGAGUGUUGUUAUACGGUUGUGCCCAGUGACGACCAAUUUCGCCCAAACUACGAUCGGAUCAAGCUGAAGCGUCUGUCGGUGCUCAACCUGUCUUUCUGCGCCAUUUGUCGUUCCGACAUAAAGUACCACAAUCAACGGAAAGCCCUGAAGUGUGAACAUGCGUUUCAUACUAAGUGCAUCAAGCAAUGGAUUUCUUUGCAGAAAAUGUGCCCCAUCUGCAUGAUUAAAUAAAACUAACGUGGACAAAUAGUAUUUCUAUGAUUAAAGAGCAUAAUCAAUAAAAUCAAAGCAAAUAAAGCAAUUUGGAA